AGAGGCUGUGCAUCCAAUCACGAUGUCCUCUUCAAGUCUAAAUAUUGAUAUACCUAAACCAGCCAACUAUAUCAAGUAAGAUCGUAUGAUGAUCGUAAAUCCAUCACUUAUAAGAUUUUAUUAUUUUUUGUUAUACAUUUUUUGUUAAGAGACUAUUAACCAAUCAGGUGCGUUUGAUAUAUCCAAUUAACCAAUCAGAUGUGUUCUAAGCCAAUGGGAGGCAGCGGCAGUGAAAGUCAAAUCUGAACCUCUCUAAUACUAACAUAACCUCUUUUCCUUAUUUAGGGAAGUUAUGGUCAUCGUUCAAAGUGCCUCAAAAAAUCCAACACUAAGCAAAUAUAUUAGAACAACCGAUCUGAAACCUUACCAGACUAACACACAUGAUCCGUAUGCUACAGCUUAUUUGAAAGUCAAUGAUCUACCUUUGACAUUCGUGAUCGGCGAUGGAAAGGAAUAUCAUUCUGAAAAAGUAACAUACCUCAACCAACCUCUCAAACAGAAUUCAAGUUAUAUCGUGUUCCUAAGAUUUUUUGAAAGCCAGGUAAAGCUUGUCAAUUUGGGUAUAGUAAUUUUGAUAGAUGGAAAAUCAUUCUCUAUAAGGAGGACACAAUAAAGUUCCCUAUUUGGCUAUUAAGUUAAAAUAUCUAUUUUCUUCUAGGACUCGUACUACUCGACAGAAUGGAGCAACGAUGUUAAGACGUUGGCAAAACCUCCAGGUAAUUUUGGACCAGUAAAGUAUGGUACAUGGUACAUGGUACAUCGUACAUCGUACAUGGUAUAUGGUAUACAAUAGUACAAUUCAUACAGUACAUUGUACAACAGUUACGUACAAUUCAUUACGGUGCAAGUACACCGCGUUCCACCGCCACAAAAAUAUGAAUCAUGGGACAACAAAAGUGAGGAUAGAAGGCAACUUUUUAUUAUUGCUAAGUUUUAUUAUUUUACUUUUAAAAUUCUGAAUCAAGAUUGUAUUAUGGGUAUUUAAAUGAAAGUCAAGUUUAAUAUCUAAACCACCUAAGUCCAUAAAUGCUGCCAGUUUUUUUUAUAUUACUUUUCUUUGAAUUUGAGUUUCCCUAUCUUCCUGUUGUUGUAGCUCCGGUCAUCUUAAAAAUCAUAUCUACUGGUCUUAAAACGUACACCAUCUCCUGGUUCCAGCCACCACUGCCCGACCAACAAACCGUCGUGAUGCGGUAUCAUGCAAUUUACCGCGUUUCAAAUGGGCCCAGUGAAACAUUGAAUGUAUCGAAAGAAAUGACAUCUAUUGUUAUCGAUGUGGAGUUCGAUAAACAGUAUACGUUUGAAAUACAAGUUGUGACAGAGGCUGAAAGAAGUGAUGUAACAUCUGAAUCAUGGUUCUCUCAUUCAGGUACAUGAUAACCAAAAUUACAAGGUCAAUUCACCCAUAGCCUAAGGAAAGAUGGCUGUGAAACUCAUGAGAAUAACAAUAUAACUCAUCAUCGAUGUUAGUCAACGUUUCAUGCAUAAAUCUGGUCCUUCACCGUUACGUGUGUAUUGUAUUUUUGCCAAAUCCACCAAUAGCAAUUUUCCAACUAUGGCGUUCAAUAUUAUAUCAUAGGUCAAAAUCGUAAAAACAUGCCCAUCCCCGGUCAGUUGGGUUUACUGACUUAUCCCAGCAAGGAGAAAUUCUCAGUGAUAUGAACACAAAUUAAAUUAUAUAUGCGGUAGGGAGAAGGGCAUGCGGAUUUCCCUCAGGCGAGUUUCCAGGUUAGCCGAGCUCGUAUAUCAACAGGCCAAAAGGAUUAGUUUUUGAAGGAGGAACACCGGAGUAUCUCGAGUGAUAAUACUCGGAUUUUUAUCUUUCUAGCACCGCUGGAACCGGCGAAGAAAACGGAUGACGGUUACACAGUAAAACUGAGAAAGCCACAGGGAGUGCGAAAAAUAAAGUAAGUAUAUAUGAAAUUGCAAUCUGUUUAUCCAUGGUUUAUCCAUGGUUGAAGAAACGGUCACUUUCACUGAGUAUAAGUACAUGCAUGCAAUCGUGCGGCAGAUGGUGGACGCGAAUAACCGUGGUCGAAAUGAGAAGCUUAUGUUAAAACUUUUCAUUUGUGAUAAACGUGUGUGUAGGAAAGAAAGUAAAUAGAACAGAGAAAAGCAAGGGUCAUGCACAAUCGCAGAAAGUGGUAGGCAGAGCCAGCUGAAAGCGUGCGUCUGCUUAAAUUUUGUAGUAUUUUCACAACAAUUGUUUAGAGCAAAAUUUAUACUACUGGUCUUUAUUGUUCAAUUGAAACAGAGCUACUUUGGGAUAGGACGCUUUCAGAGACUGUUAUACCCAUUGCGAAGAUCGACUUUUUCCGACCACAAUUGACACUGCAUGCCAUGAAUCGUGUAUCAUGAAUUGUACAGAAAGCAAAAUAUGGCCAAAAGUAGGGACGGUGGGGGGGGGGGGAUAAUUAUAUAUAUAUAUCUGCCCCUUCCUCCCAAAUAGUGAAGGAUGGGUCCACCCCCACCCCACCUUUGGAUUGACGCCCGCGGAGAAAAGUAGUUUAAUAUAGUAAUCACCUUUUGCGAAGUUGUCCGCCAUCUGCUGCUCUUGUUAAGCUUACUGAAACCUACCAUUACACUGUCUCAGAUCUUCUAAAUGUUAAACAUUUAUUUUUCUAGAACUGUCGCACUUGUACUGCUCCUGUCAAAGUCAAGCAACUUUCCCGCGCCAGAAGAGCUUAACGUGCAAAAAUCACCUCCGGCUGACGAUAAGACAGAUAACGUCGCCUUCAUUGCUAGUGAGUUUAAUAUAACUGAGUUCCAAAGCGAUACCGUGGAAAUAUCACUGCGAGAGUCAAGAAGUAGCGGGCGAAGAAAGAAAAGAGCUGUUGAGGUUUAUACGUUGGCACCGAAUGCAACGUAUAGAACUGCACAGUUGGAUACUGAUGAGUCUGGGGUAAGUAAAACAGUGUCUGAAAACGAUGUCGCACAACAUUUUUCUCCUUCGCUUAAGGCCUCUUUCCCCUCAAGAAAAAUUUCCACGGACAGAAUAUUUUCCAAAAGUAUCAUUGUUUAAUUGAUGUUGAAAAAUUUGUGUCCACCAAUCACAUUUUACAAAAUUUGCUUUCUGCGGAAAAUUUUCCUGAGUGGAAAAUGGGCAUUUAGGUUUCGCCUACGUUUGUACGAUCUUACACUUAUCCACAGUAUGAACUCGUAUAAAAGCUCAUGAAUGAUUUCAUGCUGAUUAGGGAGACUAGUGAGGCAAUAUCCAAUGUCCUCUACAAAGACAUGUAACGUACGUUGUAUGCACCUUUAUUAGGUUAGCUAAUGGAUACCUAUAUGAUAUAUUGUUUCUUCAGUUUAGUAGAUAGGGCUUCUAUUGACACCAGUAUUUUUACGCUUAAGGAAUCACCCUGUUGAAAUAAAUUAUUCUGUUCUGCAUCAACAUCAUUACCAAUGAGAAAUAUUUCGCUGGAAAAAGGAAAAAAAGUCAUACUCUUCUAUACAUUCUUUGUUUUAGAAUCGUAUUUGGUCAUACUGGAGUGAAUCGUUUACAUUUUUGAAAGGUAAUGGGAAUUAGAAUAAUUACAUAGGUGAUUAUUGACAAUUCUCCAUGCUGAUUGGUUACCGUUGAGGUGAUUAUUACGCGAUAAUCACCUAAGCGAUUUUCAAAAUGGCGGCCGAAGCCAUUUUGUCAAUUAAAAGACGAAUAAAUGUGCAUUUUUUAUUUUUUUUCCAAAUAAUCACCUAUGAAAUUAUACUAAAACAAUUAUUCACCUCAGGCUCGGUGAUUAUCGUGAAUAAAUACCUCGACUUCGUCUCGGUUUUUAUUCACCGAUAAUCGCCUCGCCUUCGGCGAAUAAUUGUUAAUUAUACAUAGGUUAUGCUACAGUGCACAAAUUUCAACCAGGAUGUAUUCAAGCAACAAUUAACGAUUUAUCUAACAUAAAAAGUCUCCUCUUCUGUCUGUUAUGGAUCAAAAGUUUGCAUUUGUUGAAAAUCGUUUCCAAUACCCUUUAUAGCAGGUGAUAAUGGUGGUGAUGAUAAUAAGGGUGGUGGUACCGACAAUGUUGAUAAUGGUGACCCAGACAAGCGUAACGAUGGUGGCAAUGGUGAAGGAAGUCCAUUUGCUGCUGUGGGUGCAUCAGUCGGUGUCGCUGUCAUCAUUGUCGCGUCCAUUCUUGCUGUCAUCUUCUUCAGGAGGUAAUGUGAAUAUGUCUAAUCUAGGGAGCACAUCAUUAUUUAACAAGCGGAAGAUACUCUUGCAGGUAGCAAGCAACAUCAUCUGGACAAAGUACAACUAUUCAUAUAUAUAAUUUGCGUUACGCUUCUAAACAAAUGUCUUUGACCGUGACGGAAAUUGAGAUCACGGCGAGCCUCAAAACGUUGGUCCAUGAUAGAUAACAAUUUUCGGGGAUUGUAUUCAUUUACUUAACUGAGUUUGGCUGGGGCUGCUUGACUGUCCAAUGAUAACGCAAAUUUACUAACGCGAGCUCAAUGUGGAACAAAAGGGUACAAGCUCACUUGAUUUUGAUGUUCAGUAUGAACUGUGGCCUGCCUACCUUGGUCUUCACUAAUAUAGUUUUAAUAGGAUUCGUUCUAAUUUCAAUUAAAAUAUGAGAUUCCGUAUCAAGAUCACAUUGGAUAGGAAGAAUGGAUUUGUCUACCUAUCAAAUCGUUCCCAUUUGUGAUCUCAAGAUCUUUCUGUGGUAACAUUUACUAGACCUCUAACGAGGACAGUUCAAAAGUGUUAUACCUAUACAGUAUAAAUAAAGUUAUUUUGGUUUUAUAAACUGAGUUAGUUAAGUUUUAUUAACCAUCUAUGUUCCUUCAUUGUUACAUUUCUAAGGAGAACGAACAAACGAAGUAAAGACAAAGAAAUUGUUUUGAAUGAAAACUAUUACGAGAUGAGAGGAAUUGAUUCCGGCGAUGGUGAGGACAACGUUGUGCCAGAUGAUGAUCUACCCAAUGGAAAUAAUGAUAUGAUUUAUUCAAAUGGAAUUGGUAUGUUGUUCAAUUCUCGAAGACCUUACAGUAUCUUGUGUGUCAAGUUUAGAAUUUCAAUGUUGGCAGGGUUUUGACCUCAAGAUUUUUUCGUGAAGGAAGACAAAAAGAUGUCUUGCUUAUAAAAAAUAAAGUUUUCAAGUAUAUCCUUGUCUUCAUGAAGCAAUAUAAUGAACAAACUUUUAUGAAAUAUUAAUCCAAAUGUGAUCAACCUUCUUCUUGCUUUAAAUCCAUCUGCAAUUUUCCUAAUAAUCUUAUAAGAAAGUCAACAUUUAAAUUUUCUUCUUUAAUAAAUUUUCUAUUUUUCAUAUUACGCUCACAGGCAUAUAAAAGAGAGAAUCAAUAAAUAAAUAAAUAAAUAAAUGCUAAAUAUACAAACAAAUACGAAAACGUUCAAGCCGAGGUGACAACAACUGGCUGGCGAAGGAGAUCAGAGACUUCAUAAAACUCUGUAAUGUGGAGUCAUACAUUCUUCUACCUUUUCCAUUGGAGAAAUUAAUUUAUUGAUGGAAAAUAAUGCUUUUAAAUUGCAAUUUUAAGGCGACAUAGACGAGAAAGCACACCCGCCAGUUCCGAUGGAAGAAUUUGAGCAUUAUGUGAGCGAACUGAAAGUCGACAGUAACUAUGAAUUUCAGCGUGAAUAUGAUGUAAGUAACAAGUAUAUUCAUUAGCAGCUGCGGUGAGCCUUUAAGAUCACCCCUGAUGGAUUCAAGUGGUGAAAGGUUGGGUCAUGAUUGGAACAAAUUCCGGGAUUGCAUUCAUUUACUUGAUAAACUAGAGAACAUAGAUCAUAUUAUAUUCGUUAACUGCCGUGAACAAAAAUUUUGUACUUAUAAGUAUUAUCUUUUUCUGUUUAGGAUUUGCCAAAAAACACGAGGACGUCUUGGGAAGUGGCUAAGCGACCUUUCAAUAAGAAGAAGAACAGAUAUGGAAAUAUCGCAACAUGUAGGUUAAAGUAUUAAAAAUACUUUUGCAUGCUUUCAACUACUGUAUACUGUGUAAUUGUGUAUCUGGAAUUGUGUAUGGUAUCCUAAAUAGAAUUAUUAUUAUUUAUAAUAGAAUUGUUACUAUUUUUCACAUUACAGAUGACCAUUGUCGUGUUGUUCUCUCAGGAGAUGAAAAUAAGGAUUACAUCAACGCUAGCUACAUAGACGUAAGUUCUUAUUUCCAUAUUACAUUUCUGUAUUAAUUGUGUAUACAGUACUGGUUGGAAGCCGGCUUUAAAGUGUGCUUGUAAUAUUAAUUCUAAGGCGCAUCUCUUUUUUAGGGAAUAAAGUCGAAUUCAUACAUUGCAACUCAAGGUUGGCUAUGAUCUAUAAAAAUUUCGAAUGUUUACGACACUCCGUGUGCAAGACUGCAUGCACUCACGGGCUUACCUAGCACUCUAUAGGAUAAUGUGAUGCAAAGAAAUUGGAUAAGAUCAGAUCAGAUCAGAUAAGAUAUGAUGUGUUGAUAAGGGCAUUGGUUUGAUCUUCUUUCAUUCUUUACCAUUACGUUAGGUCCUACUAAACUGACUGUGAAUGAUAUGUGGCGAAUGGUUUGGGAACAACAUAGCUAUUCUAUCGUGAUGGUGACCUCCCUCGUUGAACUUAACAGGGUAAGUGACAAUAUCGUCAUCACCAUUAUCGUCAGAUCAUCAGUGUCCUCAUUGUCAUCAUCAAAUUGCCAUCAUCAUCGUCGUGGUCAUUCUCAUCGUCGUUCGAUGUUGCAUGGUUACAAACUUCAUGUAAAUGAUUGUAUCUGUUUGUUUUCAGCCUAAGUGUGAGAAAUAUUGGCCUGACAAAGGAAGUAAAAAGUACGGAGAUAUUGAAGUAACUUUGAUGAAGACUGAGGAGUUUGCUUAUCAUGUUACACACACCUUGCAACUAAAAAAGGUAGCCAGAUUUAUACAUACAGGGGUUGAUACAAUGGCAGUUGUCUAAUUACAAUUUUGAAUAAACUUAGUUCAGUUUAGGUUUCCACCUCUAUCAACCGGAUUCAACCCCUCGAACAAUAAUUAGAGAUACUGUAACUCUCCCUGGUUGUCCUGGGAGAGCACUUCAGAAUUGAUAAAGCUAUCCAGAAUAAAGAAUCCUGAACAGUGCGAGGUUAUGACUGUUACUCCCUGUAUAACUUCAUUUUAGGACGGAGAAGAACGCGAAGUGCGACAUUACUACUUUCAUUCUUGGCCAGACCACGGUGUUCCUAAAUAUCCCACUCAACUCCUGGCUUUCAGAAGACAUUACAGAACACAUCAUAUGGAACAGUCUGGACCAAUCGUUGUACACUGCAGGUCAGGAGAAUUCCAAUACUUCCAAUAAAUUGUACUGUUUUCAUUUAAUGCAAGUGUUCUGUACCGGUAAUAAGAUUGUUUCAAAUGCAUAUCAAUUCGCUAGAACAUGACUGUAUGAAUGCACGCGUAUUUGAAAGACUACUGUAAUACAUGUACAUGAGCCCGAAUGACCAGUAAAAUUUCUACUGAAAUGUUUACAAGACCUUGUUUUUUAAAUCGCAUGAGAAAUUAUGUUAUUUAUAAGACACGAUUUCGAUCGCAUGUAAUUAUAACAUUGGUUCAGUUAUAUAAUUAUCUUUGUUUCUAUAUUUUCUAGUGCUGGUGUUGGUAGAACUGGUGUCUUCCUUGCCAUAGAUACGAUCCUUGAUAAAUUCGAGAAAGGUGUCAUCAAUUCUAUCGAUGUUUUUGGACAAGUGUGUGCAAUGAGAGAGCGACGAAUGCACAUGGUGCAAACUUUGGUAUUAUUAUUUACUUCUUCACUAUUCUUCUUACAAUCCACAGCAAAAUAGUAAAGAUUGUUGCAUAAAUAUUGUUCCCAGAAGAUGGACAAACAACAAACAUUGUUUCCAAGAUUUGGGGCACCUUACUCAAUAGAACAGAAUGUUGAUAGAACUGAAUUAAAUCACUUCCGCUCAAAAUUUCCAUCUACAAAACUAAAACCCGUUCGACAUUGCUUCCAGUCACAUAUUCUUAGAAGAAUGGAGAAACCAGGAAACAUUUUCUAGUUUGCAGAGGGCUAUUUGAAUAGUCGUUUUAAAAAAGCUGACGUCUCAUUUGUUUAUAAUUUUUAGGAGCAAUAUAUAUUUGUUCACGAAGCUAUCUUGGAAACCAUACUUUGUGGUAUGAACGAAGUUGAUUCCAUCAAACUUGAGAAGGAGAUUGAAAUCCUUGCUGAAAUUAACGCCUGUGGAAUGACUGGAUUUCAAAAGAAGUUUAAGGUUUGAGUCUGUGAUUCAAUUUGCUCGUUGUGGCACUGUCGCCAAUCUUUUGCCACCUUGGCUGGUGCCCUCUUUUUUAUAGUAAAUACUUUUUUGGCCAAUUAUUUUAUUUUAGAGGUUGGGUGAGGUUUCAACAAACCUUUCUCCAGAUGAAUGCAUUGCUGGAUCCCUCGACGAAAAUUACCACAAGAAUCGCAAUAAAGACGUCCUACCAGGUAUAUUUUGAUAUUAUAUAUCUUGUACUAUAUACGUAUUUAACUUUUCCAGAUCCAAACGAACUUUACGAAGAAGUCUUUCUUUAAUUCUUUCAUUCCAUUUAGCCGAGAACAAUCGUGUCCCUCUUCAAUAUGUCUAUGGAGUGGAAAAUUCAGAUUAUAUCAACGCGGUGUUUGUUAAUGUAUGUAGGCCUGUCACUGAUUCUUUCAAUUAUUUGGCUAAAGUGGAAAGUGAAUAUGGAGCAGUGAAUAGUUUUUCCUCGCAUAAACCAAUAUGGCAUAACAGAUUCAACGAAAUUAAUUUUUGUAAUGAUAUAGCUCUAUCGUUUCCACUCUAUUCUUCUUGAGGGUCCAAAAAUUGCCAUUCCUAAUGGUCCAGUGUUAGUACGGAAUAAAAUCGGAGCACUUGGAGAAAACCUGGGAUGUUUUGUAGCAAACGCCGACAUCCUAGGAUACCUUGACUAAAUUGUACCUUUCCAUUCCAGGGCUAUCUUGGAAGGAACUACUUCAUCGCCACACAAAGCCCUCUGCCAAACACAAUCAACGACUUUUGGCGACUGGUUCAUUCGCAGAAAUCAUCCACCAUUGUCUUGUUGAAUAACGUCAAAGAUAGAACGGUAUAUAUACUAUAAUGUGUACGAUACACAUUGUUUAUGUUUAUUCUUUAUAUAUCUCUCAUCAAAUUAUUAUUUAUCCACGAAUCAGUUCCUGGACGUCUUCUGUCGCCACAUGUGCAGAUGGUAAUAUUUUUUGUAUAUUUUAGUCGUUCCCGAAAUUCUGGCCGACAACCAGAGGACAACCAACACAAUAUGAUCGCUUGACAGUGCAGUUGGACUCCGAAACUGAAUCAAAUGGAAUACGGACUAGACAGUUUAUCUUAUCGUCUUAUCCAGUAUGUUUCCUCAUCCUAUUAGCCUAUAUGUUAGACUACUGUGGUUUAAGACUUUUAUUGAAAGAAAUUAUCAUAGGGAUAUAUAACAUGAACCGAUUUAAAUAUAGGAUUUGACAGACGGCCAAGUUGUGAAUAUUUUCCACUAUACGAAAUGGCCGGACCAUCGUGUACCUGCAAAUGGAAGUGACGUCAUUGCACUAACGUCAUUGGUCGAGAAUUCUAGAAUGAAUCAUGGCCAAGGUCCAAUCAUUGUGGCAUGCAGGUAAGAUAGUAGCAGCUAGGCGCCAUGUUAGCUUGUAGUAUGUCAAGUAAAUGGGUUGAAGGUGCCAGUUAUUAAUACAAUGAAAUUCAUUUUAGCGUGGAAGAAACUAAAGGUUACUCCGCUGACAGCAAAACUAAGACAAAUGUCAUACAUUAAUUAUACUGUACAAUGGAUAAUUACACAUCCAGUUUACUUUUCCAUAUUUUUAUCUAAAUUGAACCAAAAUGUUCUCGUUAGCGUAACCGAUUAUUUUAUCUUAAAACUGACGUAAAUAUUACAAAUAAAACGAUGCAUGUAAAUAUUGCAAAUUUCAACAUAGGAUUACUGAAGUGAAUGGCCAUUGACAAAAGCUUAUGGAAGCAAAUUGAAGCCUAAAAUCGUCGAAUAAUUUGUGAUGGGUUAUAAAAACCGAGAUAUGAUAUAAAGUGCUCGAUGGAUAACCAGAGCAUAAUAAUAAAGAAGUCUUUGAGUCUUUGUGAAAGAAAGUCCUUACAUAGUUUCUCCAAGUGAACCAUAAUUUUCUCUUAUCUUUUCAAUUUGUAUUUUAUUUUCAGUGAUGGAGCUGGACGUACAGGAACAUACAUUGCAAUUUCAAACCUUCUUGAACGAAUGAAAAUUGAACAAGCAAUGGAUGUCUUCCAAGCCAUAAAGAUCAUCAGAGAAACACGACCACAAUUUGUGGAAAAUGCUGUAAGUACAUUUAAAUAAUACCAUCGUUUUCGUCUAAAGACGAACAGUUAGAGAUAGAAACAGAAUUGCCUGUCUGCUCACGUGAAAACGUCUACGUCUGUUCAGAGAAUUGGACAUGUUAUAUAAUACGAUCAGCCAAUCACUUUUAACUAUAGUCAACCUUGGGAAUAAUUAUAUGGGAUUGACAUCACUUUUCACUGCUAAGUUUAUUGCCUUCCUUAACUGAAGACAUUUUGGCCAAUUUUACUUACAAUGUUCAAUAUAUCGACAAAAUUUUUAUUUACCACUGUUAAUACUUGGAUGAAAAGCCAUGCAAAAUAUAACAUUUUUUCCCCUUCAGGAACAAUAUCGGUUCUGUUACGCGGCUAUGAUGGCGUACAUGGAUGGUUUCAGUGACUAUGCCAACUUCGAUUAAAGAAUUAAUAGUGAACCAAAAUUUGUCCAAUAUGUGGCGAUAACAAGUUGGCAUUGAAUACGCUUAAAGCGAAUUCGAAAUGUCUAAUUACGCGGACAAUCAUUAAUAGUUUUAGAAACUAUCAGAUAUAAUUAUUUCACUAGCAAACAAUUUAUUGAAUGCAAAUACCAAAUUUAAAUAACUCACAGCGAUAAGUAGUUUUAAAACAUACAACAAACAACGUAGUAAAAUAUCUAAUAAAGUCAGGAACAUAUUUUCCAGUUGUAUUUGCUAAAAUGUUUCUUCUUUCUGUGAUUUAGUUUCAAUUUGCGUAAUUUGAAUGAAUAUAAUGUUGAGAUUAUUUUAGAAAUCAUUUUUACAAAUCCUCCCAAAAUACCUUAGUUUCUGAGAUAUUUGAAACCGAAAUAUCUUGCCAUCCGCCAUCUGGUUUAUAAUUAGAUCUAAUUAAAUGACGUCACAACCAGGGUAGAAAUUUUAAAUAUUAAAAUAUUAUCAGUGGAAAGUUUAUAGCUUGUGCUUUAAUUUUACUGAUAGGCAAUAGUAAAAUAGGAUUUAUCAUUAAAAAGGCAUGACAAUUACUCACUAUACAAAAUAUUGUUAUAUAGCUAGCGUGAACACCAAACGUGAUUGGCUGAUUUGUGGUCACGUGACUUCAGAUAAAUGCAAUGUUUCCCGCCGGGCAACCAAGUGAAAAAUUGUUGCCCGCCCCGACCGGCCACGUACAUAAAUAAACAAAAUGGAGGCACAACUCAGAUAAUUAGAAACUACGAUUUUCCAAGUUUGUGUUCAAAUAAAGAAUAUAAAAGAGAAGAAAAAUACACAACAGGCAACAGGAUAUGCUGCUGAAAAAUUAAACCGUUUAAGUAGGUUCUUUUAAUUUUAAACUCAUUUACACUAUAGAGUUUUUGUCACGAAGUACAAUUGUUGUAUGAAUGUUGUUGAAGUUGAUUUUUGUUCGUCGCUAUAUAUACACUUAAUGCCUGUUCCCUCGGGAAAUAUAGUUAGUUUUGUUUUCCCUCGAAUGUUAAUGUUUCCCUCGACUUCGUCUCGGGAAACAUUGAGAUUCUCGGGAAAACAAAACUAACUAUUUUCCUCGGGAGCAGACAUUAAGUGUAUAUUGUUCCCUGGUUGUGACGACACGCAUACCGACGAAGCCAAAUAACUAACGUGGUUGUAAUUCUAGACGCCAAUCAGGAUUCAUGAAUUCCAGCCAAUUAAAAAGCUGAUAAACGUUAACCACUCAUGAUUGAGCAUAUAACACUGUGCUCGCAGAAGUUCGCAUUUGACUUCUUUUUGUUUCUUUUGAACAAAAGUCGUUUGCCCUCUUUUGGUAGGUUUUGGCUACUUUUUCAACGGCAUUUGGCUCCGAGCCGGAACCAGUGGCAGGAACGCAUGUCGAUCCAAGAUGGCGGAAUGCAUAAUGUCAGUGUUUCAAAUGAAGGGUAUAUAUCAUUUAUACCAAGAACAAUAUAGAAAAUCAGUGAAAUGGUUUUGAACUAUAUUGAAUAAUUCUUCCAAAUGGGAGAGACUUAUUUUUUAUUGCUGUCAGUCCCUCUAAGUUACUUUUUAUAGCUUCCUUUGAACUACUCUGUGUAUCCAUCUCGCUUUUUUCGCAGUUUGCAUUAUGGCUACAACAUAAGCCUGUUUUCCGCAGACCUCAGUUAUCGCCACAGUUUGUGGCUAUAAAGUUAGUACGCCUGUUUUCGGCUACCUUACUGAGCCAUAAUUUUGCAGCAUUAGGCUACAUAAAAUUUUAAUACUGUGUAGUUUCAUGGAUAGUAUUAGAGAGUUUGAGCAAGACAGCGAAGUUGGACGACGACGACGUGGUUGACAAUUUUUGCCUGUCUUCCACAUUACCUUGCGCAUUCUGAGUUUAGGGUCAGGAGUGAAGACAUAUUAGAGAUUCAUGUCUAGCUGUUUGUGAAUGUUGACCCAAAUCCUUACCCUGAUCAGGAUAAAACAGCGAGACAUGAAUCCAUAUCCCGUCUUCGUUCUUCCGCCUUCGUUCACAACGAAUAUUUUGCCAAAAUUCGUUGUGAACUUCGUUCUGCACGAAGGCAGAAGGACAAAGGCGGGGUAUAGUUUCAUGUCUCGCUGGGUUUUUUUCUGGAUCAGGGCAAGAAUUAUGGUCAGUAUUCAUAAACAGCGACAGAUGGGAAGACACGUUGUGCAACCACCAGUGACGUCCAACUCAGUAUGCGCAAGAUAAUGUGCAGACGGCAAAAAUUGUCAAGUAUGCCUUCGUCUUCGUACUUCGUUGUCCUGCUCAAACUCUCUAUUGACUUGAGUGACCGUCUGAAAUUCAGGCUAAGCCUGUAACCUCAGCUGAUCCUAAUAAAGUCAGAUUUGUAAGUUCAACUAUUGUCUAAAACAGUAAAUCCCAAGAUACAACAACCAAUACAUGAAGGAGAAAUGUUUAUUGGAAAUUUAUAUCUUUCUUAAUAACAUAUUAUAAAGUAUAUAC